AGAGAGAUGGCACAUCUAGUACCUCCAAACAAAAAGAAGUUCUUAGAUCAAGCACCCCCACCUGGUUACAUCGCCGGUAUAGGUAGAGGUGCAAUAGGUUUCACUACUCGUUCAGAUAUAGGUUCAGCAAGAAGUGUAGAACCAGGAAGACGUGGAGGCGAUCGUAAUAGACAACAGGGUCAACAACAGGGUCAACAAGGUCAGAAUGAGGAUCGUGAUGGAAAUGAUGAUAAUGAGAGUUUCCCUUCAACAAACUAUGAUGAGUUUGAGGGUGACUCUGGCGAUGGUUUCUCCGAUCCAAACGCGAUAUACGACGCAGAGGACAGGGAGGCAGACGACAUUUGGGCACAGAUCGAUAAUAAGAUGGAUCAGCGCAGGAAGGCCCGUCGUGAGGAGAAGGAGCGCGAGCAGAUGGAGAAGUACCGUGUCAUCAGACCAAAGAUUCAACAGCAGAUAUCAGACCUGAAACAACAGUUGUCGACACUCACAGAGGACCAGUGGUCAAACAUACCCGAUGCAGGUGACAUUGCGCGAAAGAACGUCAAGCGACAACGAGAGAUAUACGUGCCCAUACCUGACUCGCUGAUUGAGCGUGCCAAGCAAGAGAACGAGACGUUCUCGGUCCUGCCGGCCGCAUCAAGCGAUGGCGGAUUGUCCGUCAUCCCCGGCACGGCUACGACCGACCUCACACAGGUCGGUUCGGCGCGAAAGACUGUGCUCGAUCUCAAGUUGAACCAGGUCAGCGACUCUGUCAGCGGACAGACACACGUCGAUCCCAAGUCCUACCUGUCCAAUCUCAAGAACAAGAGGGUGGCAUCAGACUCUGAGGUGGGCGAUAUCAAGAAGGCCAGACUGUUGUUCAAGAGUGUGAUCACGACCAACCCCAAGCAUGCACCCGGCUGGAUCGCCGCGUCCAAGCUCGAGAUUCUCGCGGGCAAGCUGAGUCAGGCCAGAAAGAUCAUCGCCGAGGGCUGCACUGAGUGUCCCGACAAUGAGGACGUCUGGAUCGCCAACGCCAACCUGCAGACGCCAGACAACGCCAAGGUGGUGCUGGCGCAGGCCGUCAAACUACUGCCACAGAGUGUCAAGAUUUGGCUGUACGCUGCCAACCUCGAGAAGGACGUUCGACUAAAGAAGAAGAUCCUGCGACGAGCACUCGAGUUCAUACCAAAGUCUGUCAAGCUGUGGAAGGAGGCGAUCGAGUUGGAGGAGCCAGAGGAUGCGCGUGUGCUAUUGGGUCGCGCUGUAGAGUGUAUAUCAGAUGACGUGGAGCUGUGGCUGGCGCUGGCCAACCUGGAGACAUACGAGAAGGCACGAGAGGUACUGAAUCGCGCACGUCAGUCCAUCCCAUCCAGCUCGCAGAUAUGGAUCGCGGCUGCACAGCUCGAGGAGUCAGUGGGCAAGGCGGACAAUGUGUCGAGGAUCAUCAAGAAGGCGAUCAAAUCAUUGUCGUCGACUAACAUCAAGGUCAUGGACAGGGACAAGUGGAUCGCCGAGGCAGAAAAGUCCGAGAAGAAUGGCUCGUUCAUCACGUGUCAAUGUAUCAUCUUUGAGGCAAUUGGCAUGGGCGUGGAAGAGGACGAUCGCAAGCGAGUCUGGAGUAUCGACGCCGAGGAACUGAUCAACAGGCAGUCGAUUAAGACGGCCAGUGCCGUCUACGCCUACCUGCUCACGGUGUUCCCCACCAAGAAGUCUGUGUGGGUCAAAGUGGCGCAGCUGGAGAAGCAACAUGGCACCAAGGAGUCGUUCGAACAGACUCUGCAAAAGGCCAUCAAGAACUGUCCGCACUACGAGGUGCUGUGGCUGAUGUACGCCAAAGAGAAGUGGGUCGCAGGCGAUGUGGUUGGCGCCAGAGGCAUUCUCGCCAGCGCGUUCGAAUCAAACCCAGGCAGCGAGGACAUCUGGUUGGCGGCAGUCAAGAUUGAAUCAGAGAUCAACGAGACAAAGAUUGCAAGAGGCUUGCUGAAGCGUGCCAUCGAGAAGGCAUCGACCGAGCGAAUCUGGAUGAAGUCAGCGCUGCUCGAGCGAGAGUAUGGAGAGGCCAGCGCAGAGAACGACAUCCUGGUCGAGGGUCUUAAGCGAUUCCCAACGAGCUGGAAGAUGUGGCUGAUGCGUGCUCAGCUCGAGAUCAGACUGGACGCAAAGGCCGCCGACAAGAUCAGGGCCCUGUUCAAUCAGGGUAUCACACACUGUCCAACGUCCGUGCCACUGUGGAUAGAGUUUGUGCGCUACGAGAAGCUGACAGGCAACGUACAGCGUGCGAGGACACUCCUGGAGCGAGCAAGACUGAAGAAUCCAAAGAGAGACGAGCUGCUGUUGGAGCUUGUGCGAUUCGAGCGAUCAUUGAACAACGCCAAGGCCGCCACCAACUGGCUGUCGAUCGGCCUGCAGGAAUGUCCAAACUCUGGACUGCUGUGGGCUGAGGCCAUUGCCAUCGAGCCCAAGCAUGGACAGAAGAACAAGUGUGUCGAUGCACUCAACAAAUGUAACAACGAUCAAUUCGUGCUGACGCAAGUGGCACGCAUCUUUUGGCAGGAUGGCAAGCUUGACAAGGCGCUGUCGUGGUUCAAGCGUGCCACGACCACCUUCCCCGACUAUGGCGACGCAUGGGCCUUCUACUACCUGUUCUUGAUGCAGAACGAGAGCGAGAUGACCGAAGUCAUGAAGAGGUGCCUCGAGGCCGAGCCCCACCACGGUGAGCAAUGGACCAAGGUGUCCAAACAAAAGGGCAACAGCCGUCUCAAGUCUGAUCAGAUACUCAAGUUGGUAUCCAUCAAUAUAUCCAACCUGUAUCCACAGAUAGGAUUU